AUGGCCAGCAUCUCCGCGUCUGAUGGUAUCCUGAGCUUCACACCCCAGAGUGGAGCUUACUUCUACGAAACGUUCCCUUGCCAGGCGCUGCAGACCGACUCGUACUCUCAUGCACAGCUUGAGAUCAAGGCACCCGUUGCGGGCGCAGCGUUCACAGUCCAGCUCUCGACGGCUACUAGCUGCUCGGCAACGACUAACACGAAGACAUCUUAUCGUGUCACGAGCCUUACUGGCGGAUGGCAGACGCUGCGCAUCCCUUUGAGUAGCUUUACUGGAGCGAACCUCAACGCGGCCGUCUCUAUUGUCAUCGAGUCAUUUUCGUCUACGGAGCAAUGGCAACUUGACAAGGUCUCGUUCGUUUGCGGCCAGACGCCAACAACCUUGACUACCUCUACACCUGCCCAAGUCACUUCUACAUCGACUCUAUCCACAGCUAUAUCAACCGCUUCAUGUUCGCCGCUUCUGGUGGAUGAUUGGGCAUCACAGUCACGCCUUGACUUCCUCGGAUACAACGCUCUCCUGCUGCCGACGGGUGACGAUGAUACCAUGCAAUCCAGAAUCGUCAGCAACAACCACAUCACUCUGACGCCAAAGUCUACCGAUGCCUACUUCUUUUCGCAAGUCGGAUGUGUAGAUGCUACAACGUACGGCGGUGUAUCGGUCUGGAUCAAAGCCCCCGCCGGCACGACGUUCAAAAUCGAGUUGACUUCAAAGACGACUUGCGACGGUGCGAUUACGGCAACGUCCAUUCAAACGACAGCUCAAUUGGGUUGGACCUUUGACGGAACAGAGAAGCUUUACAGUUUCCCCUUCUCUAAAUUCAGCGGGCUCAAUUUGAGCAAGCUGAGAUCAAUCGUUCUCUCGGCGCCCAGCAACGCGAUCACCUUGGGCCCACUAUCACUGUAUUGCGGAAGUACCCCGAGUGGUUGGGUCGUUCCCACGGCCACUAGCCCAGCAGGACCAACAUCGACUGUCCCGGCACCAGCCGCAACCGCCUCUGCGCUUGUCAUCGACACUUUCAGCAGCUCGAGCACGAACUCACUUGGUUUCUGGCAUGGUGGCGAAGACAUGAACCUCUCCUGGGGCUCCAGUCGUCUCACCAUCAGUGCUCCAGCCUCCGAUUACGCCUUCACGUCACUACUUAGCAACGGUUGUCGAGACUUGCGCGGCUACAGCGGCUCUUACUUGCACAUUGCAUACUCGGGUCACACAAAAUUCUCCGUGGCGCUGCAGCAGCACAAUUCUCAAUGCAACUCAGGUGUGGCACCAUACCCUGAGACGAGGGACAGUCUUGAAGCCGGCCUGUACGCGACUGGUAGCGAUAUUUACAUUCCUAUUUCGCAUUUCAACAUCAACCUGCAGCGUGUCAGCAGCGUUGCCAUCAGAAGUGUGUACAGCACUGAGCCCUUUGUCCUGACCAAGGUCGAGAUUGUCCCUUCCAUCCCCUCUGGCGUGAGCAUACCGUCAAAGCUUCCUUCGGGAACACUCGUCUUUUCCUGCACAAGGCCCAACUCGUUUGCAUUCGGCAUCGAUGACGGGAACCCAAGGUACUCUGCCAGGCUGGCGCAGAUCAUUCGCGACGCGGGCAUCAAGGUGACAUUUUUCGCUCUCGGCGCGGUGCUCGAAGACGACUCCACUGGCAUGGCCGCCCUCUACAAGCAACUGAAAAGCGAAGGCCACCAAAUUGCGCUUCACUCGUACACGCACCCGAGGAUGGAAGAGCUUCCGAGUAACGCUGCGAUCGACUGGGAAUACAACGAGGACUACAGAGUAAUGAACAACAUUUUCGGCGAGAAGUCCAAUUACUUCCGCCCACCUUACGGCGUGGAAGGCGCGCGUAUGCGUCAGCGCUGGGCAGCCGCCUCGGGGUCAGAGAAGCCAGCCUAUCUCAUUAACUGGAGCGUUGAUGUCCAGGAUUGGCUGUGGGCUGAGACAAGCACGCCUGAGAAGCAGGUGGACGCGUUCAACUCUGAUGUUGCGAAGGGGGGCAACUUAGUAGUCAUGCACUUUUCGUACAACUCGACGGUGGAGUACUUCCCCGAGUUCAUCAAGCAGGCCAAAGCUACCGGUAAGCAGAUUAUGCGGAUCGAUCAAUGUAUGGAGGACCCGAACGCACCCCCGCUGUGA